AUGAGCCGCAACAACAGAGCUGCUCCUCCGCCUCCGGAGUCUCCGGUGCCCAUGUUUGGAAUCGAGAUUGAGAUCUUCGUCAAACUCAAGCCUGAUGUCGAACAAAUGGUUCGGUCCAAACAAUACAACGGGGAGUACCUACCGGCGUACUUCCAGCGAUGGCGGCUUGAUCUGCUCAACGAUUCGAGAGAUAAAGAUAAGAUGAACGAGCAGCGAUCAUGUGCGGCCUACUGCAUCGAGGCACUUAUAGCGCAGGAAUUUGGCGACAGAGUUGUGCGUUGGAACUGCGAACUCGACGAGAGCCUGGUUGAAUCGGAACUAAAAGAACCCCGUGAUCCACGCAAAUGGUGGGGCGUCGAAAUCGUCUCGCCGCCCUUAUCUGUCAAAACGUAUUGGCAACAGGAAAUUGAACAGGUGUUCGAGGCCGUCGGCCAGUAUUUCGAAUUCUGGACCACCAACCACACCUCCUGCCACGUCCAUGUCUCGCCCGGACCGGUCAAGGGGAUCGAGUACACGCGGCGCGAUGUUGUCAACGUUGCAAGAGGCGCCUACUUUUGGGAAAAUGCGCUAGUGGACCUCAUGCCGGCCGACCGCAAGACUCCCGCAUACGCAGUGCCGAACUGGAUGAUGUAUGCGACUUCGGAGUACAACCAGGUCACCUCGAAAAGUUGGGAGCCCCUCUUCAAGAAGCUCAAGGACGCAAGAGGCGAGGACCGCGCGGGGCUGGCAAACUUUGUGAGAAAGAUGUCGGGAGCGGACAGAGACCCGCCACGCGACACCAAGUUCAUUUCGCACAAUUUCAAACCCUUGCUUAUGCAAAAGGGCACAAUCGAAUUCCGUCGCCAGGCCGGCGUUGCCUCGGCGGAAACCGCCAUCAACCGCGCACUCCUCGCAGUCACGCUCCAUAUCAGCGCUCGAACCUACGACUUCAAGAAAGCCCAAUCGCGGAAAUCACACCCGUCUAGCAUGGAACUGAUCGCCGAGCUCGCUCGCUGUGAGCAGCUCCUCCCUCCGACUUGCAAGACCCCCAAAGGCUUCGUAAACUGGCUUGUGCAGUGCAAAGAGGACUACAGCGAUAAAAAUAAAGCGUUCACCGAGAAGCAGACCAACUAUCGCGAGGCCAUGUUGCACCAGUCAUCCGGACGAUCCGCGCCAGCUCCGACAGCACAGAGCACUGCCACGACAUCUUCCGGGCGCGCCAACACCAGCACCCUCGAAGUUAGGCCCAGUAGACGCGUCGGAGACAACGUCUCGUUCUCGUACGACCCGUCCAAUGUAACAUACAGUUCGCUCCCAAGGUAG